GGGGUUUAUAAGACAGUAUCAGUGUGUCGUGUUGUCCAUCGUAGGGUGAGCGUCACAGUGAAGCAGUUAUGAAUCGUCUUCCUUUAUUUGUGCUGGUUGUGGCGGCCAUCAUUGAGAACACCAGCGCAUCCAGCAGCCAUCCUGACUUGAUCAAAAGGAAUCGAGGCUCCAAUCAUUGCGUGUACUACAAUAGAAACUACCGGGACCAAGCCAUCUUCACCUCGCUUGACACUCAAUGUUUGACACUUCGGUGUAUUGAUGGUGUGGUCAGGCAUUUUAAUCAAGCAUGCCAGAUCAAAGGUCAAUGUGUGAACGCCAACCAAACGUUGGUCCAUCAUUGUGUGACGUACAAAUGCCGGGUCAGCCACCAAAACAACAACCCGGAAGAUUACAUGGCACAGUAUUACAUCGAGAGCUCAGAGUGUGAAGACAUUAACGGACAAUGUCACCCUCCCAACACGCAGAUAACACGGGAUAACGGCUACGGUCGUGUGUUCGACCACUGUUAUUGUGUGACAACCGACGGGAUGGAACCAAGCUACGUCUGUCCAUGAUCAAACCCCUGUGACGCCGACUAGGGGUGUGUACUGUCAAUGUCGCCAUUUUUGAUGCCCAGAAUGUGGAACUUUGUGUGGCGUUAGGUUGUGCCAACAGGCGGUGGAGGGUUAAAAAAAAAAUUGACAUUUAUUGACGAUCCCUAGUCGUGAUUGUCUUCCAAGUUUAAAGGACCUUGUUUAGUAACGAUAAAAAUAAACACUUGCUAAAAG